AUGAAGCUCAAUGGCGAAAAACCAAAAAUGACUUGGUCGCAGAUUCGGCUUCUGACUCAGAACGCAAAAAAACUUUUAAUUGAACAGGGGAAACCCCUUACAGCUUCUUUUUAUUUCCUUGCCUUUCUAGCUUUAAUUUCCACCCCACUGCCGGUCACUCAGGGAAUUUCCUACUGGGCGUAUGUCCCUAAUCCCCCGAUUAUUCAGCCUGUAGGAUGGUUAGAUCGGGAGCCUAUCAAGGUGUUAACCAAUGACUCAGUCAGAUUGGGUGGAGCACAGGAUUCUGACGCUCAUAGCAGCUCCUCCUCCUUAAUAAAUUUUGAGGGCAGAGCAGAUUCGCUCCCAAUCUGCCUGACGCUGCAGGGGAAGGUGCCUUACGGCUGCUUUCCAACAUCUUACAGGACCUUCCUGACUGACAGCCCAGACAGAGCAAACACUGACAGUGCAGCAGGACGUGUUUGAGCUUCAUUUUAAAAACAGAAAAGGAGGAACUGCUACGCCCACAGCUGUGAC